AUGAGUAAGCAACAAGCGGGCAGCAUCAAGAUUAAGCCUAAACGGCUUUCGAUUAGACGAACUCGCUCGCCGAACAGAAUGGGCUCAGAAAGAAUGCGACAUGAUGGAUAUGAACAGGAUCGCGAGAGCUCUCUGCCUUCAGAUGUUCGCUCUCGAUUGUGGUCGCUGUUUGUUCAGAUAGAAAGAGAAUUUGAAUGUAUGCAUGCUGAAAACCUUGCUUGUAAGUAAUUCAUGUUUUUCCAUACUGUGUUACUUACUUUUACUGCCGGCAAUUCUCUUUGUGGUGGUAGCAAACACGGCUGUAAAAGUUCAAUUCGGAUUUCUGACUGUUGUUUGCACGAACGUUUAUUUUUUUGUCACUGCGAACUAUUUUGAAGUUACCGGAGAAUACUUCAUUCUUGAUGUUGCCUAUGAGGUUAACUUAAUUAGUAACCCGUAAAUAAUUUGACUUACCCACACACAGUAUAUUCAAAUGCAUAUUGGUAAAGUAUAAAGCUUACUUGUAUGUGAGUCUUUUUAACAUUUCUAGUCAAUUCAUGCUAAAAUUUAGCUGAUAGUUUAGUGAAUAUAGCUUUUUAAAGUUUAUAUUCCUUUCUUGUAAACGUCGAGACCUGGCUAUUUUUAUCUUGAAAAGUUGUUGUGUAAUAAGACAACUGCUUGUUGAUUUGUUGUCCUAAACUGAUGACGUAAAUUGCCUUUGUAUGUCACAAUAUGGUAGCCAUAACAUUGUUUAACAAGUCUCUGGAGACUGCUUUCCUGUGGCCAGUUUUAUGUUACUAAUUGGCAAGCACUUGGAUUCAACAUCUCUUUAUUUGCUAAGAAUUGCAUGAUGUUAAAAAGUACAUUUAAGUGUUUUGGUGGAAUUAAUCCUGAUCUUUUGAAUCAAGUUAAAAGAGCAAAUUGGUUUUAAAUACCAAGAGGUUUGAAAAAUUCAGGGGUAAAAUCACAGUUGUGAAUGGUAAAUGAAAGUUAAAUGUGGUCCAAAUUAGUGGUAAUCUCAAAUACAAAGGGUUUGAAAAGAGUUGGAUUCAACAGUGUAGUUAACUUUUUAUUUUCCUUAAAAGGUAAAUCUUGGUUUAAUAAUAAUAAAAAUAAUAAUAAUCUUUAUUGAGAUAACUAACUUUUCAUACUAAAAAUGGUUUUUAAAAAGGAUCUCAUGAAAUUAAAAAAUAUACAAAAUACCCACAAUACUUAGUUUUACCUUGUUAUGUUUGUUGUUUUCUGAUCAGCUUAUUUCAAAAAGUUUAUGAAUAUAUUUGAAAGGUCCUUUGCGAUUUUCACAUCUCGCAUAAUGCACCUUGUUUGCUCCCACAAAAUUUUAAAUUUUUGCAUAACCCCUGUGAAUGUCUUUUUUUUCUCCUGGAAUGACUGUAAUACCACAGAAGAAAUUAAAAACAAAGGUUAUGCAAAACUUUGAGGUACAAACAAGGUACAGUAUAUUAUGGGAGCUGACAAACAGUGAAUGGCAGAAUACUCCAUUUUCGAUAUAUUGAAAUUCAUACUUGGCUCCAAGGCUUGGGGGAAUAAAACAAAAGAAUUCAUUAUUGAGCCUCAAGAUGAUUUCUUUUGUUUUAUUCCCCCAAGCCUGAUGCAGCCAAGUAUGAAUGUUAAUAUAUUGGAAUUGGUCUAUUUGCUAUUGAGCUAAGAGACUUAUAUAUAGGAUAAUGCCUAACUUCCAAGGCCUUCUUGUUUUACUGACCAAGUGUACAGAAGGGAGGUAUUAUUUUUGCGCUCAUGUCACCAGCAUAUCAUCAUGUAUGUUACAGACUGUCAACUGUGAUUUCAGGUUAAUUUUGAUUUAACGUACGGUAGGUUGAUUCUCAAUUUGCUUUGUUUCUUAGCCCUUAUUCAUGAAUAAUAAUAGGGCUAGGAGACAAAGGAAAUUGAAAAUUAACUAGGUUAAAUCAAAAUUAACCUGAAAUCAAAUGUAGAUUAUCUAACUUGUGUGUGUUUGUUUAUGUCUGUUAACAGUGCAAGAGAGAGUUGAAGCAUUGAAUGAAAAGUUGGAUCUUGUCCUGAGUGGAGGAGAAAAGUUUGGAGAUGGUGAAUUAUUUGCUGAGGGAGGUUCUUCAAAAACUGGAUAUAGUAAAAAGCAGUGUAAGCUACUGCAUUUUAUAAAAUUACUGUCAGUUUGUCUAUUGUGUGUCACAGAGAACACAUGGCUUAGUUGAAGAGUUAAUGUUAACAUGUAACAAAAUAAGGCUAUUAUUCCAAGCACCUUUUCAGUUUUUGGUUAAAAAAGUGGCUUAUCUAGAGAUUCAACUUCUGUUUUUGGGCAAAUUGAUUUGGAAAGCUGACAUAAACAUGAUUAAUAGUACAAGACUUAGUGUGCAAACCAUAAUGGACAUUGCAGCAAGUCAUUGGUUUCAUCUAAACACAUUGGUACUUUAGGUUUUCUUGUGUAAAUGUGCACUUCACUUUCCAUAUAUCCACCGUUUUUCCUUUGGUCUUAUAUGCUAGUAGUUAACUCUUAACAACAGAAUUUUAUGGUUGUUUGAAAACAUGUACCUUAUCAUCACUUAUUUUUGUGAGACUUAUUUUCCACGAUUUCUGUAAUUUAAAAAAAUUCAUGAAAUUAAAUUCCUGCGAAAAAAGGUUUGCGAAAAUUAAAGACACAAAAUUUAGAUAUAAAAACCUUAAUUAAAGUUUUCCAUCUGCUAGGAGCAUACAUGGGGAGGAGGGCUCAAAUUUCAGUUCAGCGCAUGUCCUUGUUCCUCAUCAUCUGACGCAUCGCUGAAGUUUUAAAGAUGUUAUUUUGCUGAUUUGUUGAAUAAUUCAGCCAGUUGCUUGUUACAUUUCUAUUCCAUUAUGGUUGAAUAAAAUGCAGAAAAUUAAUGGCAGUUUAAAACACGAGCACCAGUGUACACUGUACUUGUUUCAAGAACUUUAAUUACCUUUAUUUUUUCGUCAAAAUCGUGAAAUUUAAGUCCCACAAAAUAUUUCUCUUCCAAAUUUGCCAAAUUAAAGUCAUGGUAAAAUUAGUGAUAAUUAGGUAAUAAAGAAAAAGCCAUAUGCAGCAGUAUAUUGAAAAACCUGCCGGAGCAUGUGCCUUGUGAUCAAGCAAUUUUUUCCAUACUAACCUUUUACAGGCACUCCUCACCUCACCUAUCCUCUUCGCACCUCAUGGCACAGAGUCCCUCCACUUUUCUUGGUUAGCCUUGUUAAAGUGAAUUUUCUCUCCUUCUGGUUUCUGUAAUAACAGGGUUUUCUGGGAGAGGGUUAUCAGACCUCAGCCAAAUCCCCAACCUGGAGGACCAGGGGACCACACUUAGUGUGGUCUCUAUCCUUCAACCUGUUUGGCAUGGGUGGCCCUAGCAGGAGUCAAAGACUCCAGGUGACAUAGCUCUAUGGGUCAUUGAGACACACAAACUACUCCACCACUGUAAGGUGGUGGUCUUUUUACACUGAGCAAUCCAAAACCUAUAAAAUCCUGGUCUUUCAUAUCAAUCAUUCCAAAAUUGGCUUUCUAGCAAAUUUUCUCAUACUCUUUCCUUCUCUGGCAUUCUUUUAAUGUUUAUCCCAGGCCACUGGGAUACACACUAUUGUACACAACCCAUAAUACUCUUGUAUAGUAACCUUAGGAGUAGUACACUUGUCUGCUGCUUUGAAAGAGGGAUUGCCAGGCAUUUUUAUCUGUUACUCUAUGAACUUAUUGUAAUUUGUUAUAAUUUAUGUGUUGCAGCUGCAAGCCAGUUGAUGUCCCAGAAAAUAAAAACAACUUACAAAGCUUCUACUAGUAAGGUAAUAAAAUUAUAAUUGCAUGAAUUACUCAGUUGGAUACAUUUUAAUGUAAAAUAUGUGCAAUCCCGCCAUACAGAUGUUUUACAUGUACAUGUAUCUUGUUACACAUAAAAUAGCCCUCAUCGAGCUAACAGGCCUGUCUUUUUAACUGUUUAUUACACCUAGCCUGAUGGCAUUGCUGAAGCCCACCCAUGCCCAUCUGCCAGUGGGUCAUGCACACUACAGACAGCUAAUGGGAACUCAGCUCCUCUGCUUGUUAAGCUUAUAAUAAUUAUCCUUGUUAGGGGCCAGUGAUGCCCCACCCAAUACAUAUAGUCCACACCUGGUUAUUAAUUACCUCAUAGGUACUGCAACUGCCAGGGGAAACUAAUGUUGUGCUGUGUAGCACUGUGAUACAAAUGAGGGAACAGAUAGUGCUCUGAGCAUAAGCCGUAGCAAAGAGAAUUGGAGAAUCAACUGAACCAAAGAAUACAAUGACUGUUUGACCUUGGUACAUGUUGCAAACUUCAACAUUACUUUCUUUGCCAUGCAUGGUUCCCUUUUUCCCUUUUUUGAAGACCUUCUGCUACUGGACUGCAAAGCUUUGGGUCAGGCUUCCAAGGCCAUCAGUGGCCCCUUUAGAAAGAUCAACUUUAUCACCCAUGACUUGCUCCCAUUUGGCUUUGUAGUUCAGUUGGCACGGGAGCAAGGGUGUCAUAGUGGUGAGAGCGCUCGCCUCCCACCAAUGUGGUCCAGGUUCGAAUCCUGGCGUCGACCCCAGAUGUGGGUUGAGUUUGUUGUUGGUUCUCUCCCUUGCUCCGAGAGGUUUUUUCCGGGUACUGCGGUUUUCCCCUCUCCUUAAAAACCAACACUUCCAAAUUCCAAAUUGAACUGGAACACACAGACGUGUUUCAACGAGUUCUCAUGAACCCCUCAGUGCUCCAUGGGUAAACAAAUUACAAAAUUAGAUUUACAAUAUUUUAUUACGAUUGUUCUAAUCAGAUCAGGAUUAGUUAAGGAUUUGAUUCCUUCUGAUGUGGCUCAUGUAGGUUCCCUAAUUCCCUUCACUUAUGCUCCAUGCCAGGAUAAUUUUAUGGGUUAUUUCCAGCACUUGAAUUUUCACUCCAUAGUUGACACUCUGUUUCAUCAAAGUGAAUGUGGAGCUUAUGCAACCAUAGCAGCAAAACAUCACUUCAAAACUGAAUUUGCAUUGUUUCAAAUUUCAUCAUGAUUAUGACAUUUGUUAGAUGUAGGCAAAUGUUCCUGGAGUUGAAUUGUUA